AACAAUUUUAGUCAAAAGUUUGACUAAAUUUAUGGUAGACUAAAUUUGUCGUUCUUAUGGUAAUAUGGAUUGACAGCUUACAAAAAAGUUUAAUUAUUACUUCAUGAUUCUCCUUCAGAAUGCCAUGGCAGAGAGUGACGACAGUAUAGAUGAUGGCCAACAAAUUCUCUCAUAUGAACAUCAGGUAACUAAGGUGAACAAUCACUUGUCUAAAGACUGUGAUGUUAAAGAGAAUGAAUCCUAUUUGAAAAUGCUUCCAGUUGCUCCUGCUCAUGCCCUCUAUCCCUACAACUCUUGCCACGUUUGUGUUGGCUGUGGGAGCUUGUUUCAAACACCAGAUCACCUAAUAGAACACUGGGAGCACACUCCAAAGUGCAAUGCAAACUUAAACGAGAAACAAAUCUGUGAAUCCUGCAAAUCAAAUGGAGUUACAGAUCCGAAGCAUUGCAAGCAUUUCACAGAUCAUGACAUGCCUAGAGUUAUGUUAGUAGAUUCAGCACAUGUUAUGAACUAUGACCAAGCUGUGCAAACUGAGUCAAACCAGAAUGAUUUCAAUUGUAUGAACACUGGGAACUAUAACACCAGUUCCAGUUCAGGCAGUAAGCGAUACUCAGAGAACCGAUCAAAAGAAGAAUCAGAAAAAGAAAUUUGUCCCCUGCCACCACCCCCUCAGCACGACCCUCACAAACCUCUUCCCUACAGAAUUGAUUUUCUCCUCAACUCUGGUGUAAUAAAACAUGCCCGGAUGAAUAUCAAUGGAAAAACAAAUAACUCCUUAUUUUUCGAGAAAAAACGUCCAAGAAAACCAAGAACUCAUUUCACAGACACACAAAUAGAAGAUCUUGAAAAAGUUUUUGACGACAAAAAAUAUCUAUCAGCAAGUGAAAGACAGAUAAUCGCCACUGACUUGAGUCUGCACGAGGAGCAAGUCAAGAACUGGUUUCAGAACAGAAGGUCCCGGUGGAGAAAGGACUGCAGGGACGCCCCUGAAGAGUUAGCCCCUCAACAGCAGCUCGAUCACAUGAUCAGACAGACUGAACACUCUGCCCCUCCUGAUAAUAGAGUGGAGGUGGCCAGGGUCAGUCAGUGUGGGGCCAAGCAAGAGAUCCUUUACCAGGAGGACAAACACAUCCUCCGACUUCAAACGUAGAGAAUAUUUAAACAUUAUUAUUAUGUUGAUCUAUCAUUUUGUAGUUUGUAUCUAGUUGAGUUUUGCUGUCAAAUUCAGUAUGUAGCCAUGAGUGUGUGUUUGUCUAACUGAACGCUAAGUUAUGAUUUAAUAUUUCUAUCAAGACGAACCUAAGAGCCUAAGUACAGUUUUAUUUCCUGCUUGUUCUCAAGUUUGAUAUUUGAAACAGAAAUAUAUAUUUAUCAUAAUAAUAGUAUCGAUAAUUGUUUGUUUUAAAUGCUUUGAUUGUUUGCCUGCCCCAGACUGGUCAGUAAUUGAGAAGGUGACCCAGAAUUUACUAUUAAGAUAUUAUGAGAGGUAUACAAUGAAAACAGCUACAAUUGCCUUGACAGAGAUUCAACAAUGAACAUAAUCUACACAUAGAAUAUUGUUGUAAAUUCUGGUCCACCUUGCAAUUUGCAUGUAUAAAUACAGACUAUAUUAUAUAGUCAGUUGACAGUACUCCCUCGAUCAGUUGCCAUGGCUACACUGCACUAGUCAGUCCCCUAAUAUUCACACUAAUCAUUCCUUGAAAUGAUUGGGAUGGGUAAUCAUUUUCUGUAAGGGAAUUUGAUAGCAGUAAAUUAUAUAAUAAUCUCGAGUAAUGAUACAUAGUAUAAUAGCGCUCACUCACACAUGUGCAUGAGUAUUGUAAUCACGAAAUCCUUUAUCAUACGACUAAAUUGUUUGAAGUGUAAUAUUGCUUUCUUCACUGAUUAAUAAAGUAUGAUAUAACUUAUUAUUUAACUCUAAUUGUUUUAUCUUUUACUUUUAAGCUA